GUUUUGUUUUUUGCUAAAUUUAAAGCUUGUCGUCGGUGACGCAGUGAGGCUUCAGCCGCACACUAGCAUUCUGCCGAUCGACAAGAUCCACCAGCAGCCCAGCUAACUACAGACUGGCGAUGGCUGCACGCUGGUCAAAGAAAUAUCAGCAAAAAUGCAACAGAAAUCUAUAUUUGCUCAUCGCUGUCUAGGAAAACCAUCCACCAAAUAGACUUUGGCUCGGAAAAUAAGCAGCCAUCAACCGAAGCCGUGUCAGAUCCCUUCUAGCACCGCCUCAUGUUCCGGCGUGUAAGCCAGAGGACCCCACGAUAACGCUUCACCUGCGGUACGGGCUAUUUUCAGUACCAGAAAUCCAGUUACAAAUCCCUCCAAGGGUCCCGAGACACUGACCAACAGCACUCAGCUCUGCUCAAGACACCAAGGCACCUCUCACCGUUGGACUGGCGGCGCAUUACGUAGCAUUGCGUCCGACGUCUUGGCGCCAGACGAGGAUGGAAGAAAAACGGCUGCCUAUAUAUACGGAUUUACACGCUGCGUUUCUUUUCCACUCCUCGUAGGCAACAUCAUUCUGCUUCUUCAUACACACACAUCUUCUUUUUGUCCUCUUCUCGAAGCCAUGGCCUCUUCCAACAAUACUGCUAGCCAGGUCGCCAGCGCUGAAGCUCCUGCUGACUGGUCCCGCGCCAACUACAUGUCUGCCGAGGACCACGCUAUCCGCACGGCUUCCAUGCCCGAGGAGGGUGCCCAGACCGAAGCUGGCAACGGCCACCCUACUACCCCUACGCUUCCCACUCUGCCUACCAACGUCACCACGCCGACUCUUCCUACAACUCCCACCAACCCCAUCAGCCCUAACGGUCCCGCCAUCCCCGCCCCCGAGGCUGUUCCUGCAGUGCCUGCGGUUCCUGCGGUUCCCGCCGUCCCGGCCCCCGAGGCUCCUGAGCCCAUCGUUGCGCUUCCUACCAUCCCUGGCAUCCCUAGUGUCCCUGCUGUUCCCGCUGUUCCCGCUGUGCCCGCUGUGCCCGCUGUGCCCGCUGUUCCCGGUGUCCCUGCUAUCCCUGCCGUCCCCGUUGUCCCUGCUGUUGGUGCUGCUGCUGGCGCGGAGUCAGAUGAUGCUACCCAUGCUGCCCGUGUUGCUCUCGCUAGAGCAGAGACCAACGUCAUUGAGCCUGAGACGCCUGCUGAGAAGAAGAAGAGCGGCACCUGGUCCUGGAAGUCUCACAAGAUCUUCCACCCUACUAGCGCCGGCUAUGCUUUCCUCGUUGUUGGUCGCUUGAUUCGUGCUGGCUUUACCUUUCCCAAGGAGACUCCUGUCCCUGCUCAGGCUCAGGCCUAAGGGUCGACAGAGUUGAGUUGUUCUCCGGGGCAAUAUAAUUCUUAGAUACCACCGCUACGCUCGCUACCAUUUUCCUAGUAGUCGCUUAAACUAUACCUAUUUCAUCUUUAAUCCGCUUUUAUACUAAUAAUAUACA